AUGGAGGACGGUGAACUAGACGCGCAUCAGGUUGAUAUCGACUCGGAUUUCGAGACGCAAAGUCGGCCUCGCUCGUGCACCUGGCCCGUCGCUCCGUGCCCGGAGGGCUUUCCUCCUCCCGGUGGGCGCGAGGUCACCGGCGGCGGCGGCGGGGGUCUGCCGCCGCUGCUCAGCAUCAAGCUGGAGCCCGAGGACGUCCCCGCGUGCCGAGGAGCGGGGCUCGCUUGCGGGACGCCGGGAGGAGACCUACAGCAUCCGGUCUGCUCCUCCCCGGUGCCUCCCCCCGGUUCCGAGGUGCACCCGUGCCUGGCGGGCGCCGCGUGCGACGCGUCCGGCCAGCUGCGUAAAGCCAAGUCGUCCCGGCGGAACGCGUGGGGGAACCAGUCGUACGCGGACCUCAUCACGCGCGCCAUCGAGAGCACCGCGGAGAAGCGGCUGACGCUUUCGCAGAUCUACGACUGGAUGGUGCGCUACGUGCCCUACUUCAAGGAUAAGGGGGACAGCAACAGCUCCGCCGGAUGGAAGCUGGCCCCGUGCCGGCCCUGGAUGGCCUCACGCCGCCCUCUAGCGUGUCUGCAGGGAGUCCCUCUGGACACCAGCAAGCUGCCCCUGGACCAACGGCUACCCCCCUACCCCUUCAACCAGCAGCUCCACCAGAACCACCACGCCCAACAGAACCACCACGCCCAACAGAACCACCACCCCCAGCAGAACCACCACCCCCAGCAGAACCAGGGCGGCUGUGUCCCCCCCAGCAGCCAGCAGCAGCAGCCUCCCCCCUCCUCCUCCUCCUCCCUGGGUCAGCAGAACCCCCACCUCACCCAGAUGCACCGGCUCCAGCAGCAGAACCGGCCCAACUCCUCCCCCGCGCACCUCCACCACCAACACCAGUAUCAGCAGCAACAACAACAACAGCAACAGCAGCAACAGCAGCAACAACAACAACAACAACAACAACAACAACAACAACAACAACACCAACAGCAGCAGCAGCAGCAGCAGCAGCAACAUCAUCAGCAGCAGCAGCAGCAACAACAACAACAACAGGAUCAGCAGCAACAACAACAUCAACAACAGCAGCAGCAGCAGAACCUUCAGCUCCAGAACCUGCGAAACGCGCAGAUCCAGAUCCAGCAGCACUUAAGAACGCAGCAGAGACCGGCCAGCGGGCCCCUGGACGCCCCCAGCACCCCGCUGAUAAAGAGCGAGACCCAGCAGGAGCAGUGUGAGCAGUCUCUCGGGGGCCACUCGGACCCCCAGAGAGCCAGCGGGCUGAUGCAGCUGCAGCAGCUCAACCACUCCAUCGCCUCCGAGCUGGGACUCUACAACGACUCGCUGUUCAACUCUCUGCUGGAAGACCCCUACCUGAGUGCCCAGCUCUCCGAGAGGGGCAACCAGCAGUUCGGUAUGGAGGGUCCCGGGGAGGGUCUGUCCCUGGUGGACGGGGCCCUGGGGGAGCGGAGCCAGUACCCGUCCCCCCAGGGGUCCAUGGACCUCCUGGAGCUGGGCCCCCAGCAGCAGCAGCUCCUCAACCUCCACAACCACGGCUACGGCCCCCCGGAUCCCCCGCACGCCAUGCCCAACAUCAUCCUCACCGGCGGUUCCCCUCCGGGCCUGUCUAAGGAGAUCACCAGCGCCCUGUCCCACGUGCCGGGCUUCGAGAUGGACCCCUUCUCCCUGGACCACCUGGGACUGGACCUGCUGGACGGGGACCUCAUGCUGGCCGACCCGGCCGUGGAGGACUCCUUCAGGACCGACCGCCUCAAGUGACCCCCGACCCCCAACCCCCGACGACCCCAGAGCACACACGCAUGAACACACACACACACACACACAUGAACACACACACACAUUAGCAAACACACACUUAAACAAACACAUAAACGUCAAAACCUACACCUAUGCACACACACACACACACACACACACGUGCACACGCACACGCACAUUCUGGAGGUCAUAAGGGGCCGUGCCAGAGACGAGACAGCCAAUCAGGAGGAGGCGUCCGUCUCUCCUGUCUUGUCAAUCAAAGCGCCAUCCAUGUCCCGAGGAAGGGGCGGGGCUAUGGGCGGAGCUAGCCGAGUGGGCGGAGCCUCCUGAUGGCAGUUCCAGUUCCGGCAUUACCCUGUUACCGCAUGCUCGUGAAGAAACGGCAUGAGCCUGCUCUAUGUGACCCCGUGACCCCGUGACCCCGUGACCCCGCGACCCCACGCUAAAUGCUAUCGCAAAGAGCUCACCCUGCUACCGCUGCAUCCUGAUUGGCUGAUGAUAAUGCCAGGUCAUGUCGCUCAACGGAGCGGUGGUUGGACCCGCCCCCGUGUGCGCUGACGACGCUCAACAGAACGCUACACCGGCGUCCGAACCGCUUCGUAGAGUCGCCAUGUGAAGCCACUAUAAGGACUUUCUUUUUGUACCGACCUCGCGUGGGACACGUUUAAAGCGCUUACACAACCGACACAGAGACGGACCACUGGCCAAUCAGAGCGGAGGUCCUCAGCUAUAAUGAUUCCAGACGAGUCGCCCCAACAGAAGACGAGCACCAGACCAGGACAUCACCGCCUCCACCCUGGGGACACAACCACCUCCACCCUGGGGACACAACCACCUCCACCCUGGGGACACCACCGCCCCCACCCUGGGGACACAACCACCUCCACCCUGGGGACACCACCACCCCCACCCUGGGGACACCACCACCCCCACCCUGGGGACACCACCACCCCCACCCUGGGGACACCACCACCCACACCCUGGGGACAGACCAGGACACCACCCUGAGACCAGGACACCACCACCCCCACCCUGGGGACACCACCACCCCCACCCUGGGGACAGACCAGGACACCACUGUGGGGACAUGAGUCUUCCAUUCCAAACGGGGAAACUCCUGGUGUUGGCUUCCCUCAGCUCCUCAGAAUGUUGCUACUGGACCCUGAUGUCUGCGGAGAAGAGAGGAUGAAGACGUCCGGAUCCUGGAGAGGAAGAGGAGGAUGAGGAGCAUGAAGAGAAGAUGAGGAGAGGAUGAAGAGCAUGGGGAGAGAAUGAGAGAGGAUGAGAGGAGAAGGAGAGGAUGAGGAGCAUGAAGAGAAGAUGAGGAGAGAAUGAAGAGCAUGAGGAGAGAAUGAGAGAGGAUGAGAGGAGAAGGAGAGGAUGAGGAGCAUGAAGAGAAGAUGAGGAGAGAAUGAAGAGCAUGAGGAGAGAAUGAGAGAGGAUGAGAGGAGAAGGAGAGGAUGAGGAGCAUGAAGAGAAGAUGAGGAUGAAGAGCAUGAGGAGAGAAUGAGAGAGGAUGAGAGGAGAAGGAGAGGAUGAGGAGCAUGAAGAGAGGAUGAGGAGAGGAUGAGAGAGCAUGAGGAGAGAAUGAGAGAGGAUGAGAGGAGAAGGAGAGGAUGAGGAGCAUGAGGAGAGGAUGAGGAGCAUGAGGAGAGAAUGAGGAGAGGAUGAAGAGCAUGAGGAGAGAAUGAGAGAGGAUGAGAGGAGAAGGAGAGGAUGAGGAGAGAAUGAGAGAGGAUGAGAGGAGAAGGAGAGGAUGAGGCGGUGAGAAUGGACGAGCGGCUGAGAGGAAGAGAACGGAGAUGAUGGAGAUGGUGUGAGAGGAUCAAGUGGAACCCGUUUGGAACACCCCCCUGGUCCGGUCCUCUGGGGGGCCAGACGUUUCAGACCCUCGGUCCUUUAGCUCUGGUCGGGGUCCGGAUCCACCAAAGUAGUCUUGGAGAUAGUUGUAGGCAGGAAGCCAUUUUUGCUAAAAAAUAUUUAUAUUUUUAAGUUGCUCAGUGAGUUUUAAACGACUCAAGAAGAAAUGUUUUUAUCGGACCUUGCUGGUUCUAAGAUACUUUCCCGUUACCAUGGAGGAUUAUAGAGUCAUAUUAAGGAAUAAAUCUAAACAAUCAUAUGCAGUUGUUGCUAAAACAAUCCUUGCUUUAUUCUCAGGCACUGUACCCCCCCCCCCCCCCAAGUCAAGUCCCCUUCAAAGUAAGAGCCCAUAGAUUAGAACCUACCAAAAAAUCCCCAAAAGCAUUCUUAAGAUCUACUGUUGUGGUAAUACCCCUUUAAACCCCAAACACUGUGAGGGACAGCUCUUAACCCCGCCCCCUAAUGUACACACGCUGCACUUCUGUCGAACUUACAGCCAUAGCUAAGCAAAGCAAAAAAGAGUUUCUUUAUCUAACGCAGGUAGUUUAUAAUACUAUGAAGAAGUUUUAUUUUUAAUAGAGAGGUGGCCUAUAUAUGUAUAUAAUUUGAAAAGAUGUAUGUUGUAUAAAAAAAUCUAUUUAAGAGCAGGAGCUUCUCGACGUUUGAGCAGCUUGCAUGGUCGAAGAACAGAGAACCACAGUGAGGAACGUAGAACCACCGUGAGGAACGGAAAACCACCGUGAGGAACGUAGAACCACCGUGUGUGUAACAGCACGUGCGUUGUGCAUGGCGCUUGGUGGACCAGCUUCUGCGUGCAUCAGCCUGACGCAGAAGCUUCGCUUGGCCUUCGCUAAAACCAGCGCAAACUGGUUCCCAGCACGUUCAGUCUUGUUUACUCUCCCGCGUCACAUAUCAUCCGCACCGUGUUGUUAAAGUGUUUCAUCACCGCUGAAAACACCCCCCCAGGCAGAGUAGAGAGGCGUGUCUCGGCCGGGGUGUGGCUCACCAUGCACCCUCCGAACCCACGAUCCCAUUGGCCGACGGAGCCGGGUGGCCGUGAUGUCAUUCAAGAUGGCGCCCGGCUACUAUUUACUGAUAAGUCGGCUUUUUAUAGCAGGGGGUGGGGCGUCUUCAAGACGAUGUCAUUGGAAUCAAACCCAGAACCUUUCAACACCAGUCACACCAGUAGACCCGCUUCACAGCUAGAUGGUUAGGAUGACCUUCGACCCCCGAAGCCCCCGGCUUGUGGCGGUGACUUAGGAGCUCGCCUGACAACCGGUCGCCAUGGGAACAGUUCUAAUUUCUCAUAGUGUUGCAUCGACGAUUGGUUCUGAUGGGAGACGGCCCGGACCUGGGACCGGGGUGCGUGAGGGACAGACGGACGGCGGUCUGUGAGGGACAGAGGGACGGGCAGGAGGGUGUGAGGAGUUAGUAUUGAGGAGUGGCGCCACACUCUUCAGUACAACCCGCUGGCCAGUCGCUGGCUCGCGCCCCCUCUGUCCCAGACAGGCUGAGGGGGUCAGCGGUGACCUCGGCGUCCCCGGAGCCCCACGGCGCGGGUUCCUUCUCCAGUUAUGAUUUCAGUGUUGUUGUUUUUUUGUGACGCUCCGAUGAGGUCAGUCCCGGCGCUGGUCGCCUGCGGGACGCCUCGGAGAUGUGCGGCGAGACGUUUGCCUCGGUGGGAGGAGGCGAGGGGGGUCGAGGAACGAUGUGGGCGUCUGGAGAUGUUGGGGUCAGAGGUCGGGGGCUAUUGCGUACGUUACCGUUCUGCAGUCAUGACGAUGUUUUACCUUUCACGUGCUUCAGUGGUGGAGGAGACGCCACUGAAGCACGUUGAACAAACCACAGUAGGAGCCGAGUUGGACGUCAGAAUGUUAGGUUUCAGCCGUUUCAGCAGACGCUGUUCAUCCAGAGCGACUGGCUGAAUCAAAGGUACAUUCGGUCGAGGAGCAGGUAUGAUUGUCUUGCUCAAGGACACAGGUCAGAUUGCCAGACAUGGGGGUUCAACCCCGACUCUUUCGGCUGGGAGUCCAACACCCUAACCACUAUACUACCCCCCCCCCCCCCCCUUAAGAGAUUAAAGAGUCCAGGAGUAUCGAAUCCAGACUUUACGUUUUGCUAAGCCAGGUUUUGGAGACUUCAUUUUAUUAUACGUCAGAAAUUCUCUGCUUUCGUUUUGUUUGUUGGGAUUUUUUCCCCGUUCCCUCUGUUGCCGCAGCAGCCAUCUGAUGAGUAAGAAGCAGUUAGCCUACUCUCGACAAUGUAUUGCGUUUCUGAAACCCGAGCCCAGAGACUAUCUUCGGACAAUUCACUGAGAAUGUUCGGCCCCGUGAACACGCCGCCGCCCCCGAAGCGUUUCUUGCCGUUAUGCAAUAAACUCUGUACCCCUCAGUAAGCAGACUGCAGUUCUGAGCUCCGCCAGCAGGGGCUGCUGUUGACCAGCGACGUGGUGUGUAAUAGGGAUCAAAUAUGGCCAUAUUUUUAUUGAUGUACUAUAUUAAUUGCUAUCAUAUUAAUGUCAUUGUUCUGUUUUACAUCUAGUUCUCGCCUCAUGUUUUAGCGUCAAACAACAAUGAAUGAACGUAUGCAUCUUGCUUUUUUUUGUUUUGUUAUUAUAACUUGACAUUGUUAUACAUUUUUAUUUGAGACCUUUAAUAAGCAGGGAACCCGUGUUUUUUUGUAAAUAAUGUCCGUAAACCAUAGGUGCUUCUUAAACCUAACAUGAAAAAAAAGAUUUUUAAAAGACUGUAUAUUAUUUUGCAAAAAUAAAUAAAUAAUAAAAACGACACAUCGAGACUCGAGUGCUUCUGUUUGUUUCCGAAGUAUUCAAACCAAGCUAAGGUUAAUGUCACUGUGACAUUCUAAGGUCAUUUAACGUAACAUGUUAUUUAAUGUAACGGCAGAGCUGCUGGGAUAUGAAGUACCACGGUGGAUCAGAGUGGA